AGCGGUUUAUUAUUAUUAUUACAGUAUAACACAUAUUAUUAAUAUACAGUUAUAGCCAAUCAUUCAAUUGCUAACCAAUCAGUCUAUUAGUCAAUCAAUCAAUCAAUCAAUCAAUCAAUCAAUCAAUCAAUCAAUCAAUCAAUCAAUCAAUCAAUCAAUCAAUCAAUCAGUCAAUGAGUUAAUGAUUUUUAUUUUAUUGAAAGACAAACAAAACAAAACAAAAGCAUUGAUUGACUGAUUGUUGUCAUUGUCUUUGUCUUUGUCUAUAAACUGAUCCAACAAUUACUGAAACCAUUAUUAUUAUUAUCACAUAUCUCUGGUGACUGAAAUUGAUUUCGGUGAUCAACUCACAAAACAUACAUUCAAUUACCGACCGGAACCGUCUCGUAACGGCCACUCGUUAUUUAGGUAUUCAGCAGCAGAUAUUAUGGAUCUAUUGGACACAUCGUCGACGACAUCGGUUGGUGGCGGCGGCGGCGGCAAUGAUCUUCUGGAGCUAACACGCGAAGAAGAAAAUACAUUACUUGAGGUCGACUACGAAGACGAUAUCGGCGGCAACGGUGACGCUAUGGACACUACGACGACGGCCACCACCACCAGCGUUGAUACCAACAAUGUUAUUACGAGUCGAUUGUCGACUGCUUCAGGAGGUGGUGGUUGUGGUGGUGGUGGUCACCGGCAGCUUAUUGUCUACGAUAUCGAUAACGACGACACCAACAAUGAUAAUAAUGAUUCACAAGAAGAUAAUGACGACAACGACGGCGACGAUGACGACGAGCCGAGAGAUAAGUUUCGAUCGGAACGACGACAGCAGACAAUCAGUUUGAUGACAAAGACAUUGAGCGGCCAUUUGACGAGUAGUAGUAGUAGUGGUGGCGGUAGUGGUAGUGGUCGCGAAAUACCCGAUUCACUGGACGAAUUGGGUCGACAAUUGGUUAGAGAAAUGCGUGGCAAACGUGGAAGUAGUAGUAGUAGUAGAAGAAGACGACGACGUGAUAGGGAUGCCGGCGAUUAUGGACGAUAUGGUAUUAAACGAUUGAACGAUUAUCAUCAUCAUAACCAUCAGCAGCACAACCAGCAGAACCGGUUUGCCAAUAAAUUUGGCUCUAAUCGUAGACUACCGUUGCCCAAUAUGGGCGGCCGAUUAGGCAUAAUUGGUAGUCGUUAUAAUGGCAGGGGCGGAGGUGGUGGUGGCAGAGACUUGAGACAGUUUAUACCCAAAGCAAACACCGAUAGCCGAAUCAGAUCAGCCCUGAAAAACGAUUGCCAAUUGAGUCAACUAUUGAAUUUGACGCCCGAAAUGAAAUAUCAAUUAGAUUUAGGUAUACUUAAUCCGAAUCAGCUAUUAGUAAAUGCACUGAUAGUCCAACAGAAGACCAAUGAAGCGCUUGCCUUACAGUUGACUGGUUUGCAGACACCAUUGUCAUCAUACUCAUCGACACUGGGCUCACGGCUUAGCAAUGCGAUGACUCUACCAACAAGUUUGCCGUCGAUAGGAAGUCUCAAAACGAUUGCCAAACCACGAGACGAUAUAUUGAUAACUAUUAACAACAACAAUAGGACGUCAAAUACAUCAGCGAAUAUCACAUCAACCAAACCGCAGAUCAAGUGUCGAUUUACUAACACUAGUGGUGGUGGUGAUCAUAGCAGCGGAGGAGGAGGAGGAGGACAGGUAGCUGCUGUUGCUGCUACUAUGGCUGACAAACUAGUGAUUCAACAACAAACAGCAGCACCGGAAUCCUUACCUGUUGUCAACAUGAAAUCUGUGGCCAAUAUUGGCGGCUCUGGCGAUCCGUUUGGCAUUGCACUGGCCGAAGUCGAGUGCGGUAUUGACAACGACUACUUGAAACGUAUGAAACAAUUGGAAGACAAACGACGAGAGAUACAGGAGAUGAAAGAGAGACGUCGGCUGGAGAUGGCUGACGAACGGCUACAGUCGGCACAGGAGCUCAAAGACAAGAUCUUAGGCCGAAAGCCGUUUGCAUUCAAUCGUUGACUAUAUAUAUGUGUUUUGUUUUGAUAAUUAUGUUUUCAAAACAAUUACCGUAAUUAUAGAUUAGUGAAACCACAGAUCAAAAAAAAAAUUGUUGAUUUAUUACAUUACAUUUGUUUACCGGUAUAUUACCGACAAAAAAAUCAUUGAAUACAACGACAACAUAAAUGCAAUCAUUAUUUUUGAUACAAUUUUUUUAAUUAC